ACUUCACAGAUAAUAUUUUGGGUGUAGUAUGUAAAAAACAUUUGAAAUAGUCGAACCACCACGACUCAGCUAGGUCACUUGAUAUUUUACACCAAACCUGUUGCUAAACUCUUCCCUCGAGUUUAGGUUGAACCCUUUCUGUGUCGGUGUUUACUGGGCCCAAGCCCCAUUUGGAAACUCCGGGACUGAUAUUGGUCCCUCAUUUGGAAACCCCGGGGAUGAGAUCACUUAUGAAGCACGUAAGAGGGGGAGAGAGCGGAGGAGUGUGAAAUGCGUAUGAAAAGGUAGAAAGUGAAAGUAAAGCAGUCAGAGGGAGAAUGCAGCCGUAAAAUUAUAGCAGAACUGCCAACACCACAACACGGACAACACAGGACAAGUGAUUUACAGAGCAGAUACAUACGUGUGAGUCUGGAUGUUCACAGUGGCAGCAUGACAUCAUGGAUAUUCGUGACUCCCUACUGUUUCUCCUAGUGUUCCUGAGUUUGAUUAACUUGUCAAAGGAGGGUUGCGACGACUAUUUCACCUUUAAUUAUUGGAAAAAUAAUUUUACAAUUGGUAUGAUCACCCUCGCAACAACUAACAAUUCCAAGGAUGUAGUGGAAUGUACACUGGAUACAUAUUGUAAAAACAAACCUGACACAUGCUUUGUGCUACUUGACUGCUUUAAGGAUAUGAACCAAACAGAAAAGUGCAGUCCCCCAUUGGGAAAAUCUGAGAAUGUCACCAUCCAUACCUAUCAUUUUAUGUGUAUGGUAUACAAAAAGGCUAAUGUCAGCCUUUCUGCAGAAGUAUCUGAGUUCUGCAGUAUUACAAAUUAUGAGACGGUAUGCCAGUUCUUUGCAGAAACAACAAAAAGUGAGAAACAGGCUGCUCAAAACUCUGAUGCUGUGGAUAAAGCAUGUCCAGACAAUUUAAUCCUGAGGUUGUUGCCUAUAAGCAUAGGGUUUGCUAUGGCCCUUCUGCUGCUUGUUUACAUUUACAUGCGUAAACAAAGGAGGCUCAACAUACGGAGAGCAACCCAUGUGUCCAAUGAAACUAUGCCAGGAGCUGAAACAAUCAUAGAGUUGCAGGCAGACACACCACAUGCAAAUGGAAUUGUAGAGCGAACACGUUUGAUGCAGCCUGAGGAGUAUCCCUCUGCCGUCGCACCCUCAGCUGAUGCUGAUGCUGAAGCUGAUGUAGAAUGCAGUGUUGAAAGUGGAACGCAGCUUUAAGGACCCAACUCAGAAACAUUGCUUCUGUAUAUUCCUAUUGUAGCAAAGCUGUGGGAAGUGACAAAGUAUCAGGAUGCCAGGAGGAAUAUCUUUAAACUGUUAUAACAGGACAUGAAGGAGUGAAGAACUGAUUGAUUGCAAUUUUGCCGUGGGGCCCACUUCAGAGAAAGUGAGGUUUCACUGCAAAUGUGAAGAGUGUGAGAGUGAACAAGCUGCAGCAUGCACUGAACUGCACAGCGAUCUCUAAUCAAGAUGGAAUAUUGUAUUACCCUGGUGCUAAGCCAAAGGCACUAAGUGCAACAGGACCAUCAGGUCACAUUAGACCAAUGUAUAGGCUUCAGCUGUCUGGAUUGUCUAGAUCAAAAUUUUGAGGAAUUUUUUUGCCCUGUGGGACAAGUUUGUUUCUCUUCCAUGCUAGUUUUCAAUGACCCAGAGAUGACCUAACAGAAACAGACAGAUAUAGUUGAGAAAAGGUGUUUACUCAGAGACUAUGAUGAGGGAGUCUGUUUUACCACAGACAAAAAAAGUAGUAAAUUUGAUGUGAAACUCAAAUGCUCUGAAUGGUAUUACAAACACAAAAAGAAACUGGCACACCUGCUGCACACUCUAUCACAGCAUACCCUUUUGUUUGAGCGUAGGCAGGUAGACAAUAGGUAGGCAAUUUGAAAGAUAUCUGAACUACAGUAAAAUCGAGUUUUCGCUGAUGUGCACUGCUCUUUGUUUGCAUCAUUUUUGUUUUUGAUGCAUGAUGCUGUAGAUUUUUUGAACAAAAAUAUGAUGCGAUAUGCAUGCAACACUGGCAGCAUAGGUCAGACUUGACAGGCCCAUCAAUACUAUACAUUCUGUAAAUGUGCAUGUGGUUUAAGUUUCACAUUACUACAUUACUCAACUUUACAGUUUGGUAUAUCAGGGUGAAUUAAUAAGCUUACCAGCUUUAAUGUCUGCUCACCAUUAGAACAGUCAUGUCAUUGCUUCUUCCUCUGGGUCUCUGUCAAAACUCAUAAUAAGUAUGCAUGUAAAUUAAACUGCAGAUUUUCUGA